AUUUUGACUGUAAAAGCAGGAAGUCUUGAUUCUGGUACCCACAUGGCGCAUGCGCACUUCCCUUGAAUCGCAUCCGAGGUGGGCAUCUUGCGUUGAUCUGGCGUUCAGCAAAAUAUCAUCGACUGAUUCACGGUAAGCGACCACAUCAUCGAGCAUGGCGUCCGGCGGACAUCUGCGGGCAGCCGCGCUGCUCCUGGCGGUGCAGCUGCUCCGCCUCGCGGCGGCUGAUCCGGAUCAGGACGGCGGGACCGUCAUCCCCGCAGAAAGUCGCCCGUGCGUGGACUGCCACGCUUUUGAGUUCAUGCAAAGGGCGCUGCAGGAUCUAAAGAAGACCGCGUUCAACCUUGAUGCCAGAACGGAGACGCUGGUGCUGAGGGCCGAGAGGAGGGCUCUGUGCGACUGCAUGCCCACCAACUCGCUGCGCUGAUGGGACGCCCGAGGACGGUCGCCGCGCCGACAACAGACCCCCGGAAAGCCAAACCACUCCACUCGUGUGCAGCGAUUUCCAUCUCAACCCGUCCGCGCCGCAGGCACUUUAUUUUCUGUCACAUCCCAGCGGCGUGACGCCCCCCCCCCGAUGUCACGCGUCGUUGUUCAGCCUUAUACCCGGGACGACUUUUAUACCGCUGAUGUUUGCCUGUGGAAUUAGUUUGAUCGUUUUGGUCGUCGUAGGAGUCGGGUCUCAUCUGUCUCCCGUUAAGCGUAAACGGCUUUGGACUUUUUUUUCUCGUAUUUGACUGUAUGAGGCGGUAGAAUGCGUCGAUACGUUUCCUCGUUGAAUGUGUGAGAUUAAUGUUUACAACGAUUAUACACAUCAAACUGUAGCAUCUCAUGGGAUUUAUUUAACUGCUCAGAAAUAUUUCAAUAACUGUAAAAAAAAAUAAAAAAAAUACAGAUUUUUUUUAGGC